AUGUCUAAUAUUGGUUCUAGACCCGUGACGCCGCUCAUUAUCAAUAAUGAGUCCGUCCUUACAGACAUCAAAUUUGAUGUCCAGGCCCCUGCUACCGGUGAGCUGUCUAGCUAUUGUGCCGGUGCUUCGGUUGAGGAUGCGACUCGCGCUGUUGAUAAUGCCCACUCUGCUUUUCCGGCGUGGGCUAAAUGGAAGCCCUAUGAGCGUCGCGAUAUCAUGAUGAAGGCGGCUGAUAUUAUGGAGUCGAGAAAGGAGGAGUUUAUCGGGUACCAGCGUGAAGAGACUGGUGCUGGACGUCCUUUCUCGGAACACACAUUUAAUCUUGGUGUGGCUUUUAUUAGGGAUUUCGCUGCUCGUAUCUCGACUAUCGAGGGUGUUGUGCCUAAUGUCACGAGGGAUGGUGAGGGUGCGAUGGUCUUCAAGGAGCCAUAUGGUGUUAUCCUAUCCAUUGCGCCUUGGAACGCACCCUUUGUCCUUGGUACUCGCUCCGUGGCUCUGCCUCUUGCUGCUGGAAACACAGUCGUGCUCAAAGGCUCUGAACUUGCACCAAAGUGCUUCUGGGCUUUGGGUGAUGUCUUCCGUCAAGCUGGUCUACCUGCUGGAUGUUUGAAUGUGAUCUAUCACCAGCCCUCUGAUGCUGCUGCUGUUACGAACGCGCUCAUUGCACACCCGGCUGUUCGCAAGAUUAACUUCACUGGUAGUACGAUGGUUGGAUCGAUCAUCGCAUCUACUGCGGGUAAGUAUAUUAAGCCUGUGCUGCUUGAGCUGGGCGGAAAAGCAUCGGCUAUUGUCCUUGAUGAUGCGGAUUUGGACAAGGCGGCUAUGAACUGCGCGCUUGGAUCAUUCAUGCAUUCUGGUCAAAUCUGCAUGUCCACAGAGCGUAUCGUGGUUCAGCGUGGCGUUGCGGAUGAAUUCAAGACUAAGCUCGCUGCUACCGCUGAGAAAUUGUUCGGUAAAGAUGCCCCUGCUCUGGGUCUUGUUAAUGCCGCCGCCGCGAAGAAAAACAAGUCUCUUGUUGCGGAUGCUGUGUCUCGUGGUGCGAACGUACUGUUCGGUGAUGCAGGUGCUAACGAGAGCCGCGAUACUCUGAUGCGACCUAUUGUUGUUGAGGGAGUCCAGAAGGGUAUGGACAUGUAUGCGACCGAGUCAUUUGGUCCAACUGUCUCACUCAUGGUGGUUGACACUGAAGAGGAGGCUGUGGCAUUGGCAAAUGAUACCGAGUACGGUUUGACAUCGGCCCUGUACACAACUAAUCUCUUCCGUGGAUUGCGCGUUGCCAAGCAGAUCGAGGCUGGUGCCGUUCACAUCAACGCUUUGACCGUUCACGAUGAACCUGUUCUUCCUCAUGGUGGAUGGAAGAGUAGUGGAUUCGGUCGUUUCGGUGGUAUUGCGGGCUACGACGAGUUCCUGCAGACCAAGACCGUUACCUGGCAUGAAUAA